UCUCAGUUGUUCUUUUUGUAGCGAUGGAAAAAAAUAACAACUACUUGUCGAAUAUUACUGCGUGUGUUUGUCGUGUGCGUCGCACGUCGGGAAAAGUCGCAUUUAGCAGCAACUGGCCAACAGAAAACAUGACAGUGUGACUUUGGACUUUGGAUUACUUUGUAUUUUAGUUUCGAUGUCUGCGUCGUGACUCGUAACACGAGUAACCUAGCUUUGUUUUUAGCCGUGUGUUUUCAAAAUGGCGUUGGCUGGAGUCCGUGUGGUCGAGCUCGCGGGCCUUGCUCCGGCACCGUUCUGCGGGAUGAUCCUGGCCGAUUUCGGCGCCAAUGUGGUCCGCGUCGACCGCACGAAGGCCGGCGCAUCGAUGGACACGCAGGCUCGCGGCAAACGUUCUGUGGCCAUCAACCUGAAGACCUCAGAGGGUGUUUCUCUACUCCGGAAGCUCUGUGUCCAGUCAGAUGUUGUCUUGGAGCCCUACCGCAAAGGUGUGAUGGAGAAACUAGGUCUUGGUCCAGAGGACUUGCUAAAGGAAAAUCCCAGUCUAGUGUACGCACGCCUUACGGGAUACGGACAAAGCGGAAUGUAUGCCACAGCGGCUGGACAUGACAUCAACUACCUGGCCAUGUCAGGGCUUUUAUCCUGCCUGGGUCGCAGCGGAGAGAAGCCGUACGCACCUCUGAAUCUCUUAGCCGACUUUGCAGGCGGCGGGCUCACAUGUGCUCUCGGCAUCGUCUUGGCUUUGCUGGAGCGAACAAAGUCAGGGAAAGGGCAGAUCAUCGACUCCAGUAUGGUGGAAGGAGCCGCCUACGUGGGCUCGUUUAUAUGGAAAUCCCGCGCCAUUGGCUUAUGGAAUCGUCCUCGCGGGGAGAACAUGUUGGAUAGCGGCGCUCCUUUCUACGACACGUACCGGACGGCCGACGACGAGCACGUGGCCGUGGGCGCCAUUGAGCCGCAGUUUUACAAGCAGCUGCUACAAGGCUUGAAAUUAGACGAGGACCAGUUACCACCACAAAUGAGUUUCUCGGAUUGGCCAGAGCUCCGUCGGAUCUUCUCGGAGCGUUUCGCCUCCAAGACACAGGCGGACUGGUUACGGAUUUUCGACGGGACGGACGCCUGCGUGACUCCCGUGUUGUCGCUUGACCAGGUGAGCUCACACCCGCACAACAGUGACAGGGCUUCCUUCGUGAAGGACUCCAACGGGGAGGAAAGCCCUCGGCCGGCCCCUCUCCUCUCCCGGACCCCCGCGCAGGCGUGCGUCAACCCUGGGCCGCUUAUCGGAGAACACACUGUGGAGGUUCUGAAGGAAUACGGGUUCAAAUCCUCUGAAAUUGAAAAAAUGCUCACCGCGGGCGUUGUGGAGUGCUCCGGCGUUAAGGCAAAACUGUGAUGGAUACUUUUUAGUUUUUCCGCUGAAAGGGAGAGUCAGUAAAUUUGGAAUUUAACCUCGUAAUAAUGGCUGAGCAUGAUAAAUAAUUUGUCCAUUAAUUAAUCAGAAGUUUUUGUUUUGUUUUUUUAAUUGUGUGGGAUCGAUUGUAUAUUGAUUGUGUUUUGAAGCAAUUGGAGGCAAAUGUCAUGAAAAAUAUCCAAAUUAUUUUUCGGGGAAAAAGUUGCACGUUACUUUGAAAGACAAGUCCUAAUAAUUCAAGUUCUGAGUUGUAUUGUAGAAUAAAGCUCUUUAAAUAAAACACCUGAUUAAUUUAU